AUGGGCGACACCGAACUCUGCAUUGAUGUCUCGCCUGAGUGUCCAGUUGAGGCGACCAUCUACGGUUACACACCGGACCUUGCCGCCAAUACUUUUUUCGCGGGUUUCUUCGGGCUCGCCCUCAUCACUCAGCUCUACUUUGGUAUCCGCCACAAGACAUGGACGUACAUGAUCGGCGUUGGACUGGGCUGUUUGGCAGAAUGCCUUGGGUACAUUGGCAGGAUUAUGCUCAAUAGAAAUCCUUGGGACAAUACUGGAUUCAUUAUUCAGAUUGUCAUGCUCAUCUUUGCGCCUGCCUUCUUGGCUGCUGGUAUCUAUUUGACACUUAAGCAUGUGGUCAUCCAAUUUGGCGAGGAGUGGAGCAGAGUCCGACCGAAUUGGUACACGUAUAUCUUCAUCGCUUGCGACAUCUCUUCGUUGGUCAUGCAGAGUGCGGGUGGAGCGCUGGCGGCCACGGCAGACCCAGGCGAGAGCAUUGGAGACGUUGGGACGGACCUCAUGAUUGCAGGUAUUAUCUGGCAGGUUGUUGUACUGGUGAUAUUCGGUCUCCUCGUACUGGAGUACAGUAUCCGCACCUACCACCGUCGCGAUCAGCUCUCUGCUUCGGCGCUCAGGCUCUGGUCAAACCGACGCUUCCGAUUCUUCUGCGGCGCUGUUGUAGUCGCAUACACCGCUAUAUUCGUUCGAUGCGUGUAUCGCAUUCCUGAACUGCUCGGAGGCUGGGGAGGUGAACUCAUGCGUAACGAGAUUGAGUUCAUCAUACUAGAGGGCGUGAUGAUUGCGAUUACGGUGGCGGCGCAAACAGUAUUCCACCCGGGACUGUGCUUCCCUGCGCUGGGCAAUACCAUGGGCAAGCAGAAGUAUGUCAAGGCCGGGAAAUCGGAGUCGGAAAUUGAGAUGAUGACGCCGGGCGAGACGGCAUCUAGGAGGGAUAUAUCGUACGAGGCUUCUAGAGCAUAG